ACGCAUGCGCACACAAACGAAAGCUUCACAAAAAUAUGGCUGCCACCGACUGACCAAAGAUAUUGCCAAAAAGGAAACUUCAUAAUAUGGUGUAUUAAUGAAAAAGCGUAUUAUUUAAAUUAUAUUACACUUUUAGGAUAUACGAAAUCAGCAUUAAAAGAUAUACAACUGUUUUUUUUUUAAAUAUCGUAUCUAAAGAAGUGUUUAGUUCACGUAUGAUUUCAAGGUGGUGUCCUUGUAGUGUAACAGAAUGGCGUUAGGCCGUGGGGGAUUUGAGAAUCAGUUUGGAAUUAAUCCAUACCCAAACCUUGGAAGAAAACCACAAGAAUUAUCUCCAAGUGGAGCGAACAGAAAUCACCCCAUCGGCUCUGGUUUUGGUAACAACUUAAGUGAUCAAAGUAAAAUGGGUUUUUUUGGAAACAAAAAGGAUGAGUCUAAUGAUGUUGAUUUUUUAUAUGGCAAAACAUUUAUGCAGAGAAGCAAUAGCACAGAUAUGAACGUAACAAACCAAAUGUCAAAUCUGAAUCUAUAUGGGAAUAGCGGAAGCAUCUUAAACAGCAACAGUAAUGCUGGAUUUAGUAGAAAUAAGGAACAAGUAGAUCGUUCUGCUUCUCCCAAUUGGGGCUCUGGUUGGAGUCAAGCAGAAUCUAAUUCUGAUCUCUGGAAUCGAACCUCGAUAGGAAAUACAAAUGUAAAUAAAGGUGUUGGUUUUCAACAAGGAUUCGGAAGUACUGUUGGUGGAGGUUUCUCAAAUAUGUCGUCAUCGUCCAGAUCGAAUAUGAAUACAAACAGUUCAUUAUUACAAUUUUCAAGAAGCAUGUCAACUCCGUCAUUUUCAAACAUGACUGGUACUUCUGACAUCCAGACCAACUUUCCACAAAGCUUAAAACCAUUAUCAGGGCAAUCAUCACCACGCAGUGGUCUUUUAUCGAUGUCUCAACAGCAACAACAACAGAUUCAACAACAGCAACAGCGCGGAGUUAUUGGCCAGCUUCCAUCAUUAUCAAUGCAGGGACAUUCAUCGCCUACUCCUUCGCCAGGGUUAAGUAUGAAUUCCAAGCUGAGUAACCAACUGCCGAAGUCAUCAAUAUUGCCUUUAUCUUCUUCUCUUGCUUUAACCAACUCAUCUAUAUCAAACACAAAUGCAAGCAACCUCCAUGGCUUUAUUGGUGGUCAAUUUCACAAAAAUGUGAAUACGAGUAGCAUAGCACAGAACCUGCUUAAUUCAAUGCUACCGUCAUCAAUCGGUUCUGUUGGUCUUGACGGAUCUGGGGCGUUCGGUGGUUCCAGCAGUACUGGCGUUGGACUGGCACCUAUUGGUACGGCUUUCGAUGCUGACUUCCCUGCAUUGGCGAACAGGGCGGGGAAUUCUCAAUCUUCAAGGCCAGGUCAAAACUCCUUUUCAUUCGUGAUGUCAACCGGAAACAAAAGUUUGGAUGGAAACCAAGAAUUCCAAAUUCAAAGUGAAGAUUUUCCAGCAUUACCUGGUACAAAUUCGCAACAAAUGGCAGGAGACAGUGGUUUGGGUGGUGUCGGUGGUGUGCUAGGUGGUAUUAGUCCUCAAAGUCACACCCAUCUGUUACAUGACAGCAAAGAGAUUGGUAGUGAUACCUACUCUUUGGGAUCUUCUUACGAACAAAUAUUAAAAGAUGGAAGACUAAACGUUGAUAAAAAACCCAGAAAUCCAAUUUCUGGUAUCCAAACGAAUUCAUCAGGAGUUAUCACUAAUAUACCGUCUGGCAUGGUCACCGAUCAGUUCGGUAUGAUUGGACUACUAACGUUUAUACGAGCAGCAGAAACCGAACCUAAUCUUGUAACGCUAGCUCUGGGAAGUGAUUUGACGACCCUGGGUUUAAACUUAAACUCCACCGAGAGUCUUUAUCAUACAUUCGGCUCGCCUUUCUCCGAUUCUACUUGUAAGCCUCACGAAAUAGAUUUUUACGCUCCCCAAGAAUAUCUAAUUAGUUCUUACAUUCGCGACAAACUGGCGCCCAUCAAACUCGGAAGAUAUGGAGAAGACCUGCUUUUUUAUCUUUACUAUACGAAUUGCGGCGAUAUUCUUCAAUUAGCUGCUGCGGCUGAAUUAUAUGCGAGGGAUUGGAGAUAUCAUAAAGAUGAACGUGUAUGGAUAACCAGGUUUCCUGGUAUGGAGCCGCAAAUUAAAACGAAUACCUACGAAAGGGGGACUUAUUACUAUUUUGAUCCUCAAGGUUGGAGAAAGGUACCGAAAGAAUUUCACGUUGAAUAUGAAAGGUUGGAAGAAAAGCCUACUGCGCAAGCGUUGCAACAACAACAACAACAACAGCAACAACAGCAGCAACAGAUUGCGUAGAUUUCCCAUCAUUUAUCCAUCAGUAUCAGAUCAUGUUUGUUGUGUGCGUAUGUACUGGACGUGUGUUGCACAAUAUAGAGCGCUCAAUGAAACAAUGUAUGAAUAAGACACUAAAGAGUUAUGUUCUAGACGUUGCUUUACCAUGUUUUUGUAGUUCUAGUUCGCCAUCUUGGGAAUGUGGAGAUGCAAAUAUGAAUAUAUGAGAACUUUUAUUA